AAUGGGAAAAUUGUAAGUAUUAGACUUAUGUUAAGCUUAAAACCAGGACGUUUAGUAGUUAUGUUGGCAGGCAGAUAUGCAGGAAAAAAAGCCAUUUUGAUAAAGGCAAAUGAAGAGACAACAAAAGUAUAUAAUAAGGAAAUUGAAUUAGGAUUGCAAAUUCCCAAAUGGUUUAGUUGUUGGAAUUUAAAGAUACCCCAGAAAGGUUACAAAAAGAAUGGGCUAAAAAUAAAUAAGAAAGCGAACAACUUUAAAAGUUUUCAUUAAGCAAUUAAAUCUAAAUCACAUUAUGCCAACAAGGUUAAAAAUGAUUAUAUAAUUAUUAUAGAUAUAGAUUAGAAGAAUCAACUUUGAAAGAAGUUAGAGAUAGAAUUGAAAGAGUGAAAGAGUCAGAAUUGAAGAAUGUUGAAAAGAGAAAAGAUUUGAGAAAGAAUUUAAGAAAAUAUUUGGCUGAGAAAUAUAGAACAUUACCAGCCGGAAGUUUGGCUGAUAAGAAGGCAUAAUCAAGAUUCCUAUUUUCAAAAUUAAGGUUCUGAU